CAUAGAAGAAAAAUGCCUCCGCUCUUGAAUAGCAGAAGAUACAUCGGUGCAUCAAUUCUGUGUCUCGUGGCCGUGAGACAUGCCGCCUCGGUAUCAGCGCCGAACAAAGAAGAGAUUCCGCAUGCCACGGCGGAAGCUCACACGGCGGAGGCACGCCUGGCAUUCUCCAAUGGCCAGCGAGUGGCAGCAGCGGUGGAUCUUACAGGGCAAGCCCAUGCCAUGGCCGAGUUCAAGGACUCUGGAAGAGCCACCAUCACCACUACAGUAGUAUCAAGCGAUGAAAAUGUGGACUGCCUCUGGGACACCUGGGUGGAUUGGAGCGUCUGCCAGUUCUCCUGCGGAGGAGGAGAAUCGGUUCGCACCCGAAAGGUGAAGGUCAUGGCCACGGGGAACGGGGCUGCUUGCGACACCAAUGACAGAGAAACGCGGGUUUGCAACAAGAACCCCUGUCCUUUGGAUUGCAUGUGGGACGAGUGGUCUCCCUGGGGCGUUUGCUCUGUGACCUGUGGACUCGGUACCAAGACGAAAACGCGAGAGAAGAAACAGUACCAGCAAUAUGGAGGUGCCACUUGUGUGGGCCACUGGUCACUUGCGACUGACUGCGAGGAGAGAGUUUGUGCUGUGGAUUGCAAAUGGAGUGACUGGGGAGACUGGGAAGGCUGUUCCAAGUCCUGUGGCACUGGCGCUUCGUCGAGAUACCGAACGUAUGCCCAAGUCAAAAACGCCUUCGGGGAGGAUUGUACUGGAGAGAACUUCCAAACUGAGAAGUGCGGAAUGAACUCCUGCCCUGUGGACUGCGUCAUGGAAGAUUGGGGCGCCUGGGAACCCUGCGAUGUCACCUGUGGCACUGGUGCCACCCGUCGAUCUCGGAAGGUGCUAACGCAUCCCACCUAUGGGGGAGAAACCUGUGGCCCAACCACUGAGGAGGGUACCUGCCAUAAUGGCUUGUGUCCGGUCCAUUGUGAAGUGUCUGAUUGGUCUCAGUGGAGCGAUUGCAGCCUGACGUGUAGCUCGGAGAAUUCCAUUGGAGUCUCUAAGCGAACCCGCAAGGUCGUCCAAGACAACAAUGCCCUCGGUAAUGCUUGUGAUGGCGACUUGGAGCAGACCAUUGGAUGCAGCAGGAUGCAAUGCCCCGUUGACUGCAAGCUGUCCGAGUGGAGCCAGUGGUCUGAGUGCAGUACAUCCUGUGGCCCAGGCAUUUCCGAGCGGGAGCGUUCCAUGUCAACUCCAGCUCAGUACGGUGGAAGAGACUGUGCGGAGGAGUCAUACCAGAAGAAGUAUUGCACCAGCGACAUUUGCCCAGUGGAUUGUCAGUGGGCUGACUGGCAGGAUUGGCGCGGGUGUUCCACGACCUGUGCCAACGGCACCAGCUACCGCAUGCGCUUGGUGCAGACUCCAAUGCUUCAUGGUGGCAGGGAGUGUGCUGGAGGUAGUCAGCAAAACCGAGCCUGCAACGCGGCUUUUUGCCCCAUCCACUGCCAGUGGGAUGAAUGGACCCAAUGGAGUCAAUGCAGUACCACCUGCGGGGAUGGCUCCCUCAGCCGCAGCCGGGAAAUCAAGGUUCACCCGCUCUAUGGUGGCAACGCCUGCAAUGGAACUAGCACCGACACCACCAGCUGUGAUCAAGCGGGCUGCCCAGUCCAAUGCCAAUGGUCAGAGUGGUCGGCUUAUGGAAGCUGUACAUCAUCCUGUGGUACAGGACAGCACUCCCGAACCCGGGAAAAGACGGUCUUGGCUCAGAAUGGGGGUGCAGACUGUACUGGUGAUGGUAAGGAAACAGAGGCAUGUCCAGACCUACCAGCCUGCCCCGUAGAUUGUGAGUGGGAUGAUUGGUCUCAGUGGGAGAGCUGCUCCACGACUUGUGGCAAAGGCAGUAUGAAGAGAAGCCGAAUCCGAAAGGUCUACGAGAAAGAUGGCGGACACACGUGCUACGGAUAUGAGGACGAUGAGAAGGUCUGUGAGUCCGACCCGUGUCCAGUGGACUGUUUGUUGGGCAGCUGGACCAAAUGGUCUGAAUGCUCAUCCAGUUGUGGCGGUGGGGUAGAGCUGCGAACCCGACAAAUCCUGGUGGUGGCGGCCCAUGGAGGUGUUGCCUGCAAUACCAGCGACCUGCUGCAGAGCACAGCAUGUGAGGAGGUACCCUGCCCUAUCCACUGCGUAUGGGGACAUUGGAGCGAAUGGAGCACAUGCACCAAAGAAUGUGAAGGAGGUGUGACCUAUCGCCACCGCUCGGAAGUGAUUGUGGCCGAGUAUGGAGGCAAACAGUGUGAAGGUUCAGCUGAUGAGGAGAUGGUUUGCAAUGCCCACGGCUGUCCGGUGGACUGCAAAUUUGGCGAUUGGUCCGAGUGGAGCGACUGCUCAAAGAGCUGUGACUCCGGGAACAGGACAGCAGGCCGGCCACUGAUUACAGCUCCGCAGUGGGGCGGCCAGCCCUGUGAUGGAGGCAUCAUGAAGAGUGAGUAUUGCAAUGAGCAGCCAUGCCCAGAGGAUUGCACCUGGGGCGACUGGUCUCACUAUUCGGUUUGCUCCAAAACCUGUGGAGGGGGCGAGAUGCUUCGCACCCGGCCACGUAUUGGGCAGAUGUAUGGGGGCAGCCCCUGCGAUGGCAACGAUACGGACUCCACACCUUGCAACACCCGGGGCUGUCCUCAAGAUUGUGAAUGGGGGCCAUGGUCUGCAUGGACAGGCUGCUCCAAGGAGUGUGGAGGUGGCUCCAUCAAGAGGUUCAGAGAGGUGAUCGUGGAGAAGGACUUUGGGGGUGAUCCAUGUUUCGGCUCCAAUGCCCAAGAGGCCGGCUGCAAUUUUGACGUGUGCACCAUCAAUUGUGAGUGGAACGACUGGGAGCUCUGGAGCCCAUGUAGCAAGAGCUGCAAUGGUGGAACUCGCACGAAACUGCGCAACAAGAAAUGGGAAUCCUCCAAUGGUGGAUUGCCCUGCCUGGGUAAUGCCACGGACAUGGAGAAGUGCAACACCGAUCCAUGUCCCGUCGACUGCACCUUCGAGUUAUGGGAGAGUUGGGGUGAAUGCUCCACCAGUUGUGGCAUGGGAUCCCGCUUCCGCACACGGGUGAAGAAGGAGGAAUUGUAUGGAGGAGAAAGGGAAAGGGGCAAGGCUUUCUACCCGACCCGAGCCAUCGCCCAGUUGGCAGUGCUGCAGCUUCCAGAGGGUCAAUUGGCCUGGAGCCAUCUGCACAAUGUCUGGGAGCCGCAGGCCAGCCGUGGACCUUUGGCUGUACCUUCCCAUGAGGUGCUGUCCAAGACCUUCACAGAGAGCAAAGAUCCCAGCUACAAGGGCAAGGCCUACAAGCCCUGCAAAGCUGGAGAGCUGAACAAGACUCUUGAGGCCUUCGAGAGCAUGAAGAAGCAAGGUGGUGACUUAAAUGCCUCAGAAGCAGAUGCAGUGAAAGUCAUUGAUGAACUCAUCAGCAACAUGUCUGGGGUGCCUUGGGCUAGCAUGCAGCAAGUUUUGGUUUUGGGGUUACCGACGGUUACCGUUCUUAACUGA